AGAGGACUUUCAUUGUAUUGGACAAGGAUUUCAUAAAGGGAGACUUGGCUAAUGGCGAACCGCACCGAUGACGGGUGAUGUGAAUAUUUACAUGAAUGAUGUGGAUGAUCGUAAGGUUGCAGAGGUUGAAAUAAUGAUAGCUGAGGCCAGAAGCCGUGGUAAAGGACUAGGAAAGGAAUCUGUAUUGAUGAUGAUGGCUUAUGGUGUCAAGAACUUGGAGAUUCACAAGUUUACAGCCAAGAUUGGGGACUCAAACACAGCUUCCCUCAGCUUAUUCCGCAAGCUGGGCUUCGAGGAGUCUUCUUACAGCAGUAUCUUCAAAGAGGUGACGCUCGAGUAUACGGUGACAGAUCUCCGUCGAGCCGAGCUUUUGAAGUUAUUGGAUGAAGUCAUCACACACACUAGUUCAUCAGAAACCCCAUCAGACUCUCUGCUAACAUGAGAAGCUUAUUCAUCAAAAACAAUUUAAAUGAAUAACAUCUUCCUAUAUGUCAUAAAUUAUAUAGUAUGGAUUUUAUGCAGCACUA